UAUCUUGAUCUGACGUUCAUUUUUUUUAUUAAUAAUAUCACUGAUUAUGUUAUUGCAAGUCAUAAACGUUGGUUAAUCUGUUUACUAAGCAAGAUUUUCAUUGUAAUCAGCUGAAAUUAUUUUCAGUACGUUUUGUUGUAACAUAAUUGGCGUGUUUCAAUUUGUUGUUUAAAGGUAGUAGAAGGAAGUACAAGAAUAUAACUUAAGUCGAUUUGCAUAAAUAAAUUCAAUAAAAAAUGGCUUCACCAAGAUGUAAGGUUUAUGUUAUUGGGGUCGGAAUGACGAAGUUUGAAAAACCUGGAUCACGAGAUGAUUUUGACUAUCCCCAAAUGGCUAAAGAAGCUGUUACUAAGGCUAUGGCUGAUGCAAAAAUACAACAUAGUGAUAUCAAACAGGCCUGCGUAGGAUAUGUUUAUGGUGAUUCCACCUCAGGUCAAAGAGCUUUGUACGAAGUUGGAAUGUCUGGAAUUCCAAUUUAUAACGUGAAUAAUAACUGUUCCACCGGGUCUACCGCCUUGUUCAUGGCAAAACAGUUUGUAGAAUCCGGUUUAAAUGAUUGCGUUUUAGCCUUGGGAUUUGAGAAAAUGGAAAAGGGAUCACUAUCAUCUAAAUUCAAUGAUAGAACUAAUCCUAUGGACAAACAUGUUGAAGCAAUGUGCGACAUAGCAGGAUUUGGUGCUGGCCCAGUUACAGCACAAUUAUUUGGAAAUGCAGGGAUGGAGCACAAUAACAAAUAUGGUUCAACACCAGAACAUUUAGCUAAAAUAGCUUAUAAAAAUCAUAAACAUUCCGUAAAUAACCCGUAUUCCCAAUUUCGAGAUGAAUACUCUCUGGAGCAAAUUAAAAAAUCACCGCAAGUUUUUGGACCUCUUACUAAACUACAGUGUUGUCCAACAAGUGAUGGUGCAGGUGCUGCAAUUUUAGCCUCAGAAGAUUUUGUUAAAAGACAUCAUUUAGAAGAUCAAGCAGUUGAGAUUGUUGGAAUGGAAAUGUCAACUGAUACUAUUACUACAUUUAAGGACAAAAGUUUAAUGAAACUUGUUGGAUAUGACAUGACUAAAAAUGCAGCAGAAAAACUUUUCACAAAAUCUGGAUAUAAGCCAACAGAUGUUCAAGUUGUAGAAUUACAUGAUUGUUUCUCAGCGAAUGAAUUGAUUACUUAUGAAGCUCUCGGUUUAUGUCCUCCGGGAAAAGCUGGGGAGCUUAUAGAUUCAGGCAACAACACUUAUGGAGGAAAAUAUGUAAUUAAUCCUAGUGGUGGAUUGAUUUCCAAAGGUCAUCCUUUAGGUGCUACAGGACUUGCUCAAUGUGCUGAAUUAUGCUGGCAACUUAGAGGCCAAGCAGAAAAACGACAAGUUCCAGAUGUUCGCUUGGCACUUCAGCACAAUAUUGGAUUAGGAGGUGCUGUUGUAGUAGCUCUUUACAAAUUAGGUUUUCCUAAAGCACAGAACCAGCAGUCAAAUCAAACCACAAGUGCUUCAUCUUCUCCAGAUGAUUUUCAAGUCACCAAAUAUUUAAAAGUUUUGGAAGGUGCUAUGCAAGAUGAUAAAGAUAACUUAAUAGAAAGGGUUCGUGGAAUUUAUGGAUUUAAAGUUAGAAAUGGACCAGGAGGAAAGGAAGGUUACUGGGUUAUCAAUGCCAAAGUUGGUAAAGGAAAAGUAGAGUUUAAUGGCAAAGAUAAACCUGAUGUUACUUUUAUAAUUAAUGAUUCCGAUAUUGUGGAUUUAAUAAGUGGAACAUUGAACCCUCAAAAAGCAUUUUUCCAAGGCAAAAUUAAAAUAACUGGCAAUAUGGGACUUGCAAUGAAGCUUGCAGAUUUACAAAGGGUGGCAUCUAAGAGAAUAGAAGAGUUAAGGUCGAAGUUGUAAAUGGAAUAAAAAAUUCAACAAUCUGCUUAGAGCCAGGGCCGUGGUUUUCGAAAACUUUUUCUGUGAUUUCAAAAACAAAAUAUGUUAUAUUAUUGUUAAAAAUGUCUUCAAGUUUUGGCGGUAAAAGAGAAUCAAAUAUUUAAUUAUGUG